GAGUUAUUUCUAUUGCUGUCCGAAAUACCCCUAACGAAAAUCACAACGCGUCUCCUCCAGAAUAGCUUUAUAAGUACGAGUUACAAAUUCAUUAUGGAUUUUCAAUUACCGUAUAUGGCGGAAUAUGCUAGAUCUGGACGAGCCAAUUGUAAAGGAUGUAAAUGUUCUAUACCCAAAGAUAACCUACGCAUUGCAGUUUUGGUUCAAUCUGCAUUUCACGACGCAAAAGUACCAAAUUGGUUUCAUAAAACCUGCUUUUUCAAAAAUCAGCGUCCGGAAUCUGUGGGAGACAUUCAGAAUUUUGAAAACCUUCGAUUUACUGAUCAAAAAGAGUUGUCUGAUCUUAUUGAAAAUAUAAAGGGAGUUAUACAUGAAAAAUCAGGGAAGAAGCGCUCUAAUUCAUUUAACCUAGCACUUAAAGACUUUGGAAUCGAGUAUGCAAAAUCUAGCCGAUCGACUUGUCGGGGCUGUGAACAAAAAAUUAAUAAGGAUCAAGUUCGGUUACGUAAAACUGUUUAUGAUACUGAAGUUGGUAUGAAAUAUGGAGGCCAGCCUCUAUGGCAUCAUUUGGACUGCUUUGCCCAAUUGCGUUCUGAGCUUGGCUGGUUUGACUCUGGAGAAAAUAUGCUAGGUUAUUCAAGCUUAACGUAUGCUGAUCAAACAGAAGUUAAAACUGUUCUUCCAUCAAUUAAAUCUGAAGAUUUACCAGAAGCCAAAAAAACUAAGAUGGAACUAGCAGAUAAAACGGAAGAAAAUGAUAAAAUAAAUUACUUCAAAAAUCAAAACGAUACCUUUUUUAAGUUUCGCGAUGAACUUAAAGGUGUAAUGAAAAAGACAGACCUUGAAAAACUUUUGAAGUCGAAUAGUCAACAUCCUUUAACCGGUGACUCUGAACGGUUAUUAGAUCAAGCAGCUGAUUUAUUGACUUUUGGUGCUAUUGAAUCAUGCUCUGACUGCGGGAACUCUCAGUUUAUUUUCAAUAAAUCUGGUUAUAUAUGUAACGGAAAUCUUUCUGAAUGGACUAAAUGCACAAAGUUGUUAGCAGAACCGACCAGAUCAGCAUGCAAAGUACCAAAAGAACUUAAAGAAAAAUAUCCUUUCUUAAAUGCAGUAAAAAAAAUACCAACAGCUCGCAUUAUCCGAGACCUUCCUCCUAGUGAAAGUACUUUACUUAAAAAUUUAAGGAUGAAGAGCAACACCGAAGAGUUUGAUGGUCCGAAAGUUACUCGUAAAAAGCCUCCGCUAUACAACCUACAUUUUUCCAUUAUUGGCUUAAAAGAGCAGCAGAAAGAUUUAAAGAAGCGAAUAGAACAAUUGGGAGGCAAAUGUGAAUCAAAAAUAUCGGCAAACACAAUAGCAAUAAUAUCAUCUGAACCAGAAGUAAAAAAAAAAACUUGUCGCAUGCUGUCUGCACAGGAGCUUGGUAUACAUAUUGUGCCAAUUGAGUAUUUGGAUUUUGUGGAAGCUGACGCAGAAGGAGCUAUAAAUUAUAUAAAUAGCACAAGUAUAUGUAAUUGGGGAACAGAUCCAAAGUCAAGAAUGUCCCAAGAUACCAUAAAAAGCUCAAAAUUAAAAAGUAUAUAUACAAAAUCCAUGCCAAUAUCUAAGACGUUUAAAGUAAAGGAUGGAAUGGCCGUUGAUCCUGACAGUGGGCUUGAGGACAUCGCACAUGUGUACGUGGAGGGUAACAACAAAUACAAUAUGAUUCUCGCCUUGACUGACAUUCAAAAAAAUAAAAAUUCCUAUUACAAGUUGCAACUUUUGGAGGCAGAUACAAUGGCAAAAUAUUGGAUUUUUCGUUCAUGGGGCCGAAUUGGAACUAGUAUUGGAAGUUCAAAGAUUGAGGAGUUUGGCACCAGUGAGUCUGCCAAAAAAAAAUUCAAAGAAGUAUUUGCUGAUAAAACUGGAAAUAUGUUCGAUCAACGGGACAGAUUUGUUAAGAUUGCUGGUUGUAUGUACCCGAUAGAAAUUCAGUACGAUGAUGAUCAAAAGUUGUUACAACAGAGCGGCCUUUUUAUUAAUUCUAAAUUAGAGACUUCUUUACAAAAUUUAAUAACGCUGAUGUUUGAUGUUGAUUCUAUGAAAAGAACAUUAAUGGAGUUCCAUAUUGAUAUGGAUAAAAUGCCUUUGGGGAAACUUAGUGCAAAUCAGAUAAAAUCGGCCUAUAGUGUGGUGUCCGAAAUUUAUAAAUUAUUAGAAUCCGGAUCCACCAAUGCAAAACUUAUUGAUGCAACAAAUAGGUUUUAUACAUUAAUUCCUCAUAACUUUGGAGUUCAAUCUCCAACAUUAAUUGAAACACAUAAACAAAUCGAAGACUUGCGACAAAUGCUUGAUUCAUUGGCUGAGAUCGAAGUUGCCUACAACCUAAUUAAAAUUGAAGAUGAAGCUUAUAAUAUUAAUCCAUUAGAUAAACAUUAUGCUCAGUUAAAAACUGAAUUAGACCCACUAGAUAAGAAUACUGAAGAAUUUUCAAUUCUAAGUAAGUAUGUUAAAAACACUCAUGCAUCCACACAUAGCUCCUAUGAUUUACAUAUAAUAGAUGUAUUUAAAGUAACUCGCCAAGGAGAAGCAAGACGUUAUAAACCAUUCAAGAAACUACAUAAUAGAAAAUUGUUAUGGCACGGAUCUCGUUUAACCAAUUUUGUUGGUAUAUUAUCGCACGGCUUAAAAAUUGCUCCUCCAGAAGCGCCACCAUCAGGGUAUAUGUUCGGCAAAGGCAUUUAUUUUGCUGAUAUGGUGUCAAAAUCAGCAAAUUAUUGUUGUACAAGUCAACAAAACUCAACUGGAUUAAUGCUUCUUUCUGAAGUUGCUUUGGGAGAUAUGAUGGAAUGUACUGCAGCAAAAUACAUUACAAAACUACCAAAGGAUAAACAUAGUUGCUUUGGUCAGGGGCGCACAAUGCCAGAUCCAAAGAAAAGCUAUAUAAGAAAAGAUGGAGUCGAAAUACCUUUUGGAACUGCCGUUACCAAUGAAAAUCUUAAAUCUUCAUUAUUAUACAAUGAAUAUAUAGUAUAUGAUGUUGCGCAGGUUAAUGUUAAGUAUUUGUUUCGUUUGGAAUUCAAAUAUAAAUAUUAAACUAGUUUGAAAAAAAACUGAUUUUGUGUUAUUAAUAAAUAUGUAUUGCUAUAACUUAUAAUUAUAAUAUGCCUUUACUUUAGAAAUAAGAGUGACGGAGCUAACAUUUUUUACUUUUUAGUUUUUGGUUCGAUAGCUCAGACGCUCUUGUGUUUAUGGUCAAAAAAUGAAGAUUUUAUCAGGAUCUGAAGACUAGAGCGACAGCCUCUGUUGAAUGCAAAAUGAGUAAAACUUGAUUGUAGGAGUCAAAAUUGUUACUGAUUUUAUUGA